UAUAGCUGGUAGAGUCACACUUCCCACAACCACACCACCUCUUUUGUCAAAAUGGCCGUCACCAAGCUCGCAGCUCCCAAGUCCACCACUGGCAAGACCAAGUCUUCCGGCCAGAAGUACUUCAUUGACUUCUCUGGUCCCGCUGCCGAUGGAAUCCUCGACGCUGCUGGCUUCGAGAAGUUCCUUCACGACAGGAUCAAGGUUGACGGCAAGGCCGGUCAGCUCGGAGAUGUCGUAAAGGUCUCCAAGGAGGGCGAGGGCAAGAUCAACAUCACCACCACCAUCCCCUUCUCCAAGCGAUACCUCAAGUAUCUCACCAAGAAGUACCUCAAGCGAUCUCAGCUCCGAGACUGGCUUCGUGUCGUAGCCACCUCCAAGAACGGUUUCGAGAUCAAGUUCUUCAACGUCUCCCUUGACAACGAGGAGGAGGAGGAAUAAGCGCAUCGCAUCGCACCGUGAAGGCUGCUUUGUUUCGCUAGCUUCUUCACCUGAGGGAGAAAGGGAAGCGAGGUGGUAGUGAUGGAUCGGUAGAGAGAUAGAGGUGGGAGAGAAAGUUGGUCGGGACAGGGACUUUCAGUCCGCUUCGGACCAUACCACCAGACCUCUCUACCCUCUGCUUCGAUGUCGAACUUGCUCUGGUGCACG